AGCGACUUCUAUUAUCUGCUUUAGAAAUCCAACUAACAACAUCCAUUCAACUUUGGAGGCGGUCGCUUCGUCCCUCCCUUCAUCGCUCACUUUUUCGUAUUAGUGUUUAUUAUUCUUUUGCCCUCACGUGGAGCUUGCACACUCUGAUCGAAUUAGUAUCAUUUCUUAGUAACGACUUACAGUGACAGUUGUUGAGACGACUAGUCAUGAAGGGCGCGAGCUGAUUUCUAAUACCAAGGAACACAUCUCAUCUCUACCAUCAAGAUGAAACUCCCAUUACUGUUACUGGCCUCCAGUAUCCAUUAUGUCUCUUUAUCAGCAAGCCCCAUAUUCGAAGAGUUCUUUUCUCCAGGUGUUGGUACAAGAGGAGCCGUUGCUUCAGAGGCUCAAGAAUGUAGCUACAUCGGGAGAGACUUGUUAGCACGAGGUGGAAAUGCCGUCGAUGCCAUGAUUGGAACGACAUUCUGCGUCGGUGUUAUUGGCAUGUACCACUCCGGUAUUGGAGGCGGUGGUUUCAUGAUUGUGCGUGACAAGAAGGGUAACUACGAAGCAAUCGACUUCAGAGAAUCAGCCCCUACAGCAGCAUUCGAGGGCAUGUACCAAGGGAAUGUGAACGGUAGCAUCUACGGAGGCCUUUCUGUUGGUGUGCCAGGCGAAGUCCGUGGGUUUGAGUAUGUACACAAGAAAUACGGCAGUCUUCCAUGGAAAACAGUCUUACAAGGAGCUAUUAAGGUGGCUCAGGAUGGAUUCAUAGGCAAGCCCAAGGAAAGUAGAGAGACAAAGAGUUACAAGCUGACAAAUGUCAGUCAAUGCCGACAUGGCAAGGUUUAUCGAAAAGACCAUUAAAGACCAUCAUAACUUCUUUGUCGAGGAUCCCUCAUGGGCACAAGAUUUCACUCGAAAUGGACAGCUUAUCCCCGAAGGAGAAACGAUGACAAGACGGCGAUACGCCCGUACACUUCAAUCUAUCGCAGAGCAUGGCGCUGAUGCCUUCUAUACAGGUGCUUUCGCUGAAAGCAUGGUCAAGACCAUCCAAGAAACAAAUGGUACCAUCACACUAGAUGACUACAAGAACUACCAUGUAAUCUCUCGAGAGGUUCUUCAUACUGAGUACAAGGGUUACGAUGUCUACGGCAUCAGCUCUCCAGCCGGUGGCGCCGUGUCACUCAAUAUCCUGAACACCAUGAACGGCUACUCACACCAAGACGAGGAUCGAAACACUACACUACACAUCUACAUCGAAGCCAUGAAGUUCGCAUAUGGAGCUCGUCUGCGUCUUGGCGAUCCUGACUUUGUAGAUGGCGUUCCGGAGCUCGAGCACGAAAUGCUCAAUGCCACAACGGCAGAAAGGAUCAGGAGUAAGAUCGAUCCUCGAAAGACCCAGAAGAAUGAAAAGUAUAACCCCGAUGGAAUCUACUCAUCUGAUGGGCACGGAACUUCCCAUGUCGUCACUGCAGAUGGCGAUGGUAUGGCUGUGUCGCUGACAACCACGGUCAACCUCAUCUUCGGAUCUUUCCUCAUGGAUCCUCUCACUGGUGUGAUCCUAAACAACGAAAUGAAUGACUUCUCUAUUCCGGGAGUUCCUAACGAGUUUGGUUUCGCACCAGCAGAAGCAAACUUCAUUCGUCCAAACAAGCGCCCCCUUUCCUCAUGCACACCUCUCAUCGUAUCCAACAAAGACGGAUCUCUCUUCGCCGUCAUCGGAGCUGCAGGGGGCUCACGUAUUAUCUCCGCUACGACUCAAGUUGCGUGGCGUGUAUUGACUUCUCCACCAUGGUCUAUCAAGGACGCUGUUCGUGAGCCCCGUGUUCACAACCAGCUCAUCCCGAAUACACUACUCGUGGAGAAGAAGUUCAGUUCAUACGAUGUUCCAUCGCUGGUGGAGCGAGGCCAUAAUAUCACUUGGGUCGAUGAGGGACUGAGUACUGUUCAAGCGUUAACGAGGGACCCAGCUGGCGUUUUUGAGGUUGCGCCUGAACCUAGGCAGAAGAACAGUGGCGGUGUGACAUUGUAGACAGCACAGGAAGAGAUGGAAGCAUGCAUGGUUAUAUUCCUGAUUGAGCAAUCAACACUUCUAGAAGGACACAGCAUACAAUAUAGAACAUUGACUACAUUAUUCCCAAGCUUAGUGCUUGCUGUAUCAAUUGCUCUAAGCUGUCUCUUUUCUCGCUGAAUCUUCGAAAAAGGGUAUCCUUUAGUCUAUCUCCAAAAAGUCUACGCUCUUUGUUUCGCAAGUGACACCAAACGUGCCAACUGAACCGUCCACUUCUUUGCAAACUCCUCCUCGGUGAAUCUCUUUGCCGACUCUCGUGCACGCAAGCG